AUGGGUGGAGGAGGGAAUAGAGGAAGCAUGGAGGAACGUGGCAGUAAUAUGAGGCGUGGGGGAGGUGUGUUGGCAGGUGGUCUAGGCGGUGUGCAUGGGGGUGGCGUGGGUAGUUUAGAUGGAGAUGGUGUAGGCAGUGUGGGUGGAGGAGGGAAUAGAGGAAGCAUGGAUCGGCAUGGGAGGGGGGAUGGGGGAAUUGCACGGCAUCAAGGGGUAGUGGGGGGUGUGGCGGAGUUGACGGAUAGAUGGGCGGAGAUGGCGUUGAUGGAGGAGGAAGGGGCGGUGUUUAUGCCGGAAGGUGGGGAUGCGGUGGUAGAGGGUGAUGGGGAGGAGGAGGAGGAGACUUGGAGGAUUGUCGGGCGGUUUUUGACGCAGAAGAUGAUCAAGCUAGACUUUAUGAGGCAGGUUCUGGCGUCUGUUUGGCAACCGGUACGUGGAGUACAGGUAACGGAGAUUCAAAGGGGUUUGUUCUUAUUUGUGUUUUUCCAUAAGACGGAUAUGGAAUACGUGCUGAAUGGGGGACCCUGGGCUUUUGAGAAUAAUGCUCUUGUGUGUCGGGAGGUGUUGGAUGGGGUAAAUCCUGUGGAUGUGGAGCUGGAUAUGAUUGACAUGUGGGUGCAGUUGCAUGAUAUGCCAAAGGGGUACACGUCGCAUACAAUCCUGGAGCAGGCAGGAAAUUUUUUGGGCUCUUUUGUUAAACAUGAUGACCGGUUUGAGGGGGCACCAUGGCUAACGUUUCACCGUAUUCGGGUGUCAAUUUCGGUUGAUAGGCCGCUUAGAAGGAGGAUGAGGUUGAUGAAGAGAGAUGGGACUACAGCAUGGGUAAAUUUUAGAUAUGAACGGCUGCAUAAGUUUUGCUGCUUUUGUGGCUGUAUGGGUCACUUGCAUACUUUCUGCAUACACGCUAGGGAGGCUGGAAUUCCAGUCGAAAGGUACCUGUACGGUCCGGAUUUGCGAGCUGGUGGAUCCCGGAGCGCUCCUAGAGCGGUUGGGGAUAGCUGGCUUGUUCCGGUAGGCGGGAAACCACGACCACUGGGAGUCAAGCCACGUGUAGUGGAUGGGGGACAGGGAAGUGGGGCUGUCACACCCACGAGUAUGUUUGAGGAUGAGGUGGUGGUGGCUACGGCAAAGCGUCGUAGACAUGGAACCGAGGGGAGAGAGGGAAGUGGAAACGAUGAGGUAACAACCGCAGCUGUUUCAAAAAACUUGUCCAUGGUGGGAGCUGGUGUCCAGCCCCGCCCAUCAUCAUGA